UCCAUUUUAUUUAUUAAAAACAUUAAAUGUAUAAGAUUGAAGAAGCUUGACUAGAAGCGAUGAGCGCUGAUGCACAUUGGACCGACACUCAUGCGAGGCUCACUGUGCCGCUGCGAUUCCGAAACGUGAACGGUGCAGAGCCACCCUCUCUCUCUCCCCAACUGCCUAUAAAGGGACGUCAUCGUCUUCCUCAAACAAAUCGUUCUGUUGUAUGUUUUGGUCGCUUGAGUUGCAGAAAUCUUCUUCAUAUCCAUUUCUCGUUUGAUCUCUCUCGAUCUCUUAAGAUGUCGUGCUGUGGAGGAAACUGUGGCUGUAGCUCCGGCUGCAAGUGUGGCAGCGGCUGCACUGGGUGCGGGAUGUACCCUGACCUGAGCUACACGGAGACCACCACCACCGAGACUCUGAUCGUCGGCGUCGCACCCACCGGGAAGGCUUACUUUGGAGGAUCUGAGAUGGGGGUGGGAGCGGAGAACGGAGGAUGCAAAUGCGGAGACAAUUGCACCUGCGACCCCUGCACCUGCAAAUGAGAGCAGCAGUAGUAGAAAAAGCAGAGACGGCCUUCCAUGAAGACGAAGAACAAGAAGAAUAAUAAUUUAAAGUAAACAAUAGUGGUAGUAGUAUGAUGAUGCCUGAGCUUGUGGGCAAUCCAAGCUGUAGCUGUUCCCUUUCUCUUUCUACAAAAAGGCAGUGUAUGCUGGUAGAAAGUCUCUGCUAUGAAAUAUGAAUUACGUAUAAUGGGUUUGCGUUCUUGGAACAGAGUUUGAGUUUUUAUUAAUGGAUGACUGGAAAUUUCCUUCUGUUUCA